AUGCUACCGGUCAAUAUCUACGGACCUAAUGGUAAGUUCGCAGUCCUGGCAAUGUUCGACGAAGGUUCGGCAAUAACGAUCCUGGAAGAAGCCGUCGCCAAAAGGAUUGGUGUUAAAGGGCAGUGUCAUCCCCUCACACUGCAAUGGUACGGUGAUAGAGUGGUGACCGAGCAGUCAUUUAAAGUAAGUCUAGAGAUCGCGGGUUGCUCGAGCAACAAGAGGUUCACGCUGAGAGAUGUGCGCACGGUGAAAAAUCUAAAUUUACCAGUACAGUCCUUUACAAAAGACGACUUCGAACAUUUACGAGAAUUGCCGCUACAAGAUUACCCCAGCACGAAACCUGUCCUGCUCAUUGGGCUGAAUCAGGCACAUCUAGGUGUUACCACAACCAUAGUACAAGUUGACAUAGGCAGUCCGCUAGCUGCCAAAACGUCAUUGGGUUGGGUGGCAUAUGGUCCGACUAAGCUUGCGUCAACGUCAAGUCUGCGAGUACUCCACAUGCGAGAAUGGCAACAUCUGCACCAACUGGUCUCGGACUACAUCACAACGGACAACUACGGUUUUAAUCCUGCAUCAGUCAAGCUUGAGUCUGAUGCCGAUAAGCACGCCAAAUCAAUAUUGGAGGCAACAACGCGAAUAAUAGGUAAGCGUUACGAAACUGGGCUUCUUUGGAAAAUGUUUCCACCACACUUUCCGAGUAGCAGAGAAAUGGCGGAACGGCGCUUGCUGUCGGUAGAAAGGCGCAUGCAUCAAGACGCAGAAUUUGCUCUACGUUACAAGCAAGAAAUGUCGAAAUACGUGGCGAAAGGGUACGCCAGAAAGCUAACCAGCCAGGAAAUCAGCGCGCCAUAUGCACAAGCCUGGUAUCUACCUCAUUUUGCUGUCUUUAACCCAAGCAAGUCCAGCAAACUCCGCAUCGUCUUCGACGCCGCAGCUACAGUGAAUAAGGUUUCACUGAACUCAGUCUUGUUAAAGGGCCCCGAGCAGGCACAGCCGCUCAUACGCAUACUAUUGCAAUUCCGCCAGGGCGAAAUUGGCGUAGCAGCGGAUAUAAGAGAGAUAUUUUCGCAGGUUAAAGUACGACCGAUGGACCAACAUGCUCAGCGAUAUUUGUGGAGAGAUGGAGACUCCAAUCAACCGAUCGAAGAAUAUAUGAUGACGUCGAUGAUCUUCGGGGCAGUUUGUUCGACUUGCAUCGCAGAGCAUGUUAAAAACAAAAACGCAGAAAGGUUCAGAAUUCAGUUUCCCGAAGCAGCCUCCAUUGUUAUAAACAAUCACUAUGUCGAUGACCUGGUGACUAGUUUUCACACGCCGGAGCACGCAAUCAAAAUUUGCAAACAGAUAGUUGCCAUCAAUUCGGAAGCCGGGUUCGAAUUGCGGAACUUCAUCUCUAAUUGCGGCUACAUAGAGAAAGCCAUGAACAAAACACCUCUAACGACAAGGGAGGUAAUUAAUAUGGAACGCAACCAGACGGCUGAUAAAGUACUUGGUAUGUACUGGAAUACCAGAGACGAUACUUUCGAGUUCCAUACAAAAUUCCAUCGCGUACCUCAGCCAGUGCUAGAGGGAAUUCGCGCUCCGACAAAAAGAGAACUACUGGGCAUAGUGAUGGCAGUCUUCGACCCAUUUGGGCUACUAGCGAACUUUUUGAUAACUACGAAAAUCAUCAUACAAGAUACUUGGAGACUAGGCAUUGGAUGGGACGAGAAGUUAGAUGCUGAAUUGGCUGCAAGAUGGUCCCGCUGGUGGAAGGAGUUCCCGAAUAUCAAAGAGUUUCAAGUACCAAGAUACUACUCACCCAAUAUUUCGCACAGCAGCAGAAUUGAGUUGCAUAUUUUCGCCGAUGCCAGCCAGGCAGCCUUUGCAGCGGUGGGCUAUUUCCGAGUGGUGUAUGACAGUUCAGUUGACGUAACGUUCGUCAUGGGUAAAACACGCACCGCGCCGAAGAGGCUUCUGUCUAUACCACGACUUGAACUGCAAGCCGCAGUUCUAGGGACAAGGCUAAGUAAACUGCUUGUCCACAAUCACGAAUUUAAAAUCAGUCGCGUUUUGUUUUGGAGCGACUCACAAACGGUCUUACAAUGGGUCCACUCUUCAGAGAGAAAAUACAAACCCUUCGUGGGCCAUCGAAUCUCUGAGAUUGUAAGUGCAACUUCCCCUGAGCAGUGGCGCUGGGUACCCACAAACAUCAACACUGCAGAUGCCGCUACGCGGCCGCAAAAUCCACCUAGGUUCGAUAAAAACUGUCACUGGAUUAAAGGCCCAGACUUCCUGAAGAACGAUGAAGAGCAUUGGCCGUCCACCAUUAUCGAGCGUUCCAGCGGACUUCUGGAAGAAGUUGAAACGAGUUAUAUACUAUAUUGUCAGGCAAGUAAAACUCUAAUAGAUUUUACUAAAUUUAACUCAUAUUUAAAGCUGAAACGUACUGUCGCUUGGGUCAUACGAGCCCAACUUUUAUUCCGGAGGAAAUCGGUGCCCGUUGACGUACAUCCGUCGAAGACCUUAACUGCUGCUGAAAUCGACCAGGCAGAGCGUAUAGCGAGCAAACAGGUACAGCAAGAGUGCUUCGCAAGCGAGAUCGAACAGCUUUCCUCAUCACGCAAGUAA